UUUCUGAGUGUUAUAUAGAAAGUUAAACUUUGAAAACUUGAAUUGCUCUACCUGUGGAUCCUUCUUUCAUUUUAUUAGGUGCGUCCGGCUGUUACACAUAUUGUAUAUGGUUCUUAUUAAGUUCUUCAGACAUUUUCUUAUUGUAAAGAGGCAAAAAGGAAGUUUGCUGCUUUGACAUAGUCAUCUAAAACUAUAUACAUUCAACUUUCAGAAUGGAACUAUAAAAGUUUGAUCAAACCCAUGUUACCACAAUAGUAAAGGGAACUUUUGGUUACCUUGACCCUGAAUAUUAUCAAACUAGUCAGGUGACAGAAAAAUCUGAUGUUAAUUCUUUCGGUGUUGUUUUAUUAGAAGUUCUUUGUGCUAGGCUUGCGCUGGAUUCACCUGUUCGAGGGAGAUGGUCAGCUUAGUUAAAUGGGCGAAGGAGUGUCAGAAGAACGGACAGUUGGAACGAAUUAUAGAUCCCAAUCUUGUUGGCAAAAUAAGACCAGAUUCCCUCAGGAAGUUUGGAGAAACAGCGGUGAAAUGCUUAGCUGAAACUGGCGUAGACAGGCCAUCAAUGGGUGAGGUGCUGCAGAAACUGGACUAUGCACUUCAUCUCUGAGAGCCUGUCAUUCAAGAAAACAGUACCAUCCCUAUCCGCGAGCAAAUCAACGAUUUCAGUCAUGUUGAUGACACUUCCUCUGCUUCUUCGGUCAAAAUUGGGCUGAUCUCUAGUAUGAAUGCGUUCAGAUUUUGCUCAAGAAAACAGCCGGGAGAAGUUCAAUUAAUGGUUGCACUCCAUGGGAACCAACUAUUCCAAGCCAACAACUUCCAUAAAUGAUGCUUCCAAUUUGAGUAAUCGCGAUCCUUUUGAAAGUUUUCGAGUUCCUUUUGUAGAUUUGCAGGAAGCAACUAAUAACUUUGAUGACAAGUUUCUGAUUGGAGUGGGUAUAUUUGGUAAGGUUUACAGGGGUGUUUUGCGUGAUGGUACAAAGGUGGCCCUGAAAAGACGUAAGCCUGAGUCUCCACAAGGUAUUGAAGAGUUCCGAACAGAAAUUGAGAUACUCUCACACUGCAGCCAUCCACAUCUGGUUUCACUGAUAGGAUACUGUGAUGAAAGAAAUGAGAUGAUUCUAAUUUAUGACUACAUGGAGAAUGGGAACCUCAGUAAACAUUUGUACGGAUCAGAUCUAUGUCUUCCCACUGUGAGCUGGGAGCAGAGGCUGGAGAUAUGCAUCGGGGCAGCCAGAGGUCUUGACUACCUUCAUAACUGUGCAGUUAUACAUGGUGAUGUCCAGUCUACAAACAUAUUGAUUGAUGAGAAUUUUGUGGCAAAAAUUACUGAUUUUGGAAUAUCCAAGACAAGGCCUGAGUUUGAUCAAACCCAUCUUAGCACAAUAGUGCAAGGAACUCUCGGCUACCUUGACCCUGAAUAUUUUAUAAAGGGACGACUCACAGAAAAAUCUGAUGUUUAUUCUUUCGGUGUUGUUUUAUUCGAAGUUCUUUGUGCUAGGCCUGCCAUAGGUCGUUCACAUAUGAUCAGUUUAGCUGAAUGGGCAGUAGAGACGCAGAAGAUGGGACAGUUGGAACAAAUUGUAGAUCCCUCUAUUGUGGCCAAAAUAAGACCAGAGUCCCUCAGGAUGUUUGGAGAAACGGCAGUGAAAUGCUUAGCUUCGUCUAGUGAAAAUAGGCCAUCAAUGGGUGAUGUGCUGUGGAAACUGGAGUACGCACUUCAUCUCCAAGAGCCUAUCAUUCAAGAUAAUCCUGAAUGAUUCUUUGUUAGUGGAUCAUGUAGAGAUUUAUUUUUUGUUUUUUGUAAGUCUUCAGAGUAAGUGUUUCACAUGUGUAUAUGACUUCUAUUAAGUUCUAAUUGUAAACAGCAAAAUGAAGUUUGCUUACCUCUUCUGAGAUUUCUCAGAGACCCCUCCGAUUUCUCUGGAUGUUUGAUGUGUUUGAGAUACUAUAGAAUUUGGUCUCUCUUUUUCAUUAA